AUGUUUUACGACUACACCAUCACCUUCAGCCAGGAAGUCGAUCUUUUCUGGAGGCGUAGGAUCAACGGCGCUUCAAUCCUGUUCUUCGUGAACAGAUAUGUGGCGCUUGUUGUAUAUAUUAUCAACAUUGCUUCUUUUGCUCCCAUGACGGACAAAGUGGGUAUGAAUCCUGUCUGGAUUCCAUCGAUGCUGACGCCGAUGUUAUCUAGAGGUGCCUGA